AGCGUGCGGCGUUGGCCGGAACAGGCGGGGCAGAGGCGGCGGCGCGGGGUACACGUGUGUGCGAGGCUCAUCGGGACGCGGCGGCGGGGUCAUGUCGUGGCUGUUCGGGUUGAACCGCGGCGGCGGCGGCGAUGCGGGCCCGGGAGCCGGCGGCGCUCUCCCUCCGCCGCCGCUGCCUCCCUCCUCCCCCGGGGAUGGGGCGGGCGAGGGCAGCGGCGGGCGCCCCAAGGACAAAUGGAGCCACUUCGACCCCACCGGGCUGGAGCGCGCCGCCAAAGCCGCCCGGGAGCUCGACGCCUCGCGACAUGCCAAAGAAGCCCUCAGCCUGGCCCAGAUGCAGGAGCAGACGGUACAGCUGGAGCAGCAGUCCAAGCUGAAGGAAUAUGAGGCUGCUAUCGAACAGCUGAAAAACGAACAGGUCCGGAUACAAGCCGAAGAGAGACGGAAAACGCUCGGCGAAGAGACGAGACAGCAGCAAGCGAGAGCGCAGUACCAGGACAAGCUGGCCCGGCAGCGUUACGAAGACCAGUUACGGCAGCAGCAACUCCUCAAUGAAGAGAACUUAAGGAAACAGGAGGAAUCGGUUCAGAAGCAGGAGGCCACAAGGCGCGCUACAGUCGAGCGAGAAAUGGAGCUGAGGCACAAAAACGAGAUGUUGCGGAUCGAAGCCGAAGCUCGCGCCCGGGCGAAGGCGGAGAGGGAGAACGCAGACCUCAUCCGGGAGCAGAUCCGGUUGAAAGCAGCCGAGCACCGCCAGACGGUGCUGGAUUCCCUCAAGACAGCCGGGACGCUGUUUGGGGAAGGAUUCCGCGCCUUUGUGACAGAUUGGGACAAAGUCACAGCCACGGUGGCCGGGCUGACCCUCCUCGCCGUUGGCAUUUACAGUGCAAAGAACGCGACUGCUGUCGCCGGGAGGUACAUUGAGGCUCGGUUGGGCAAGCCGUCUUUGGUGAGGGAAACCUCCCGCAUCACUGUCCUGGAAGCCCUCAAGCAUCCCAUCAAGGUUGGCAAACGGCUCACCAGCAAGCCCCAAGAUGCUCUCGAAGGAGUCGUGCUCAGUCCCAAGCUGGAGGAGCGAGUGCGAGACAUUGCCAUCGCCACGCGGAAUACGCGAAACAACAAGAGCCUCUACAGGAACAUCCUCAUGUACGGGCCGCCCGGGACGGGAAAGACGCUCUUUGCUAAGAAAUUGGCCAUGCAUUCUGGCAUGGAUUACGCCAUCAUGACCGGUGGCGACGUCGCCCCCAUGGGGCGGGAAGGAGUUACUGCCAUGCACAAAGUAUUUGAUUGGGCCAAUACUAGUAGGAGAGGACUCUUGCUGUUCGUGGACGAAGCCGACGCCUUCCUGCGGAAGAGAGCAACGGAGAAGAUCAGCGAGGACCUGAGGGCAACGUUGAACGCAUUCCUGCACAGAACGGGACAGCAUAGCAACAAGUUCAUGCUCGUUUUAGCCAGCAACCAGCCGGAACAGUUUGACUGGGCCAUCAACGACCGGAUAGACGAAAUGGUCAACUUUAAGCUCCCGGAGCUGGAAGAGAGAGAGCGGCUGGUCCGGAUGUAUUUCGACAAGCACGUUCUGAAGCCAGCCACGGAGGGCAAGCAACGCCUGAAGCUCGCCCAGUUUGACUAUGGGAAAAAGUGCUCGGAGAUCGCCAGGCUGACGGAAGGCAUGUCCGGUCGAGAGAUCUCGCAGCUCGCCGUGGCCUGGCAGGCCGCGGCGUACGCCUCGGAGGACGGAGUGCUGACUGAGGCCAUGAUAGACGCCCGGGUUGUGGAUGCUGUUCAGCAGCACAAACAGAAAAUGGACUGGUUGAAAGCCGAAGGGAUGGAACUGGGGAAGAGUCAGCCCUUGCCUCUCGCUCUGGGGAAAGGCAUGUGAGACGUCUCUGCAUGCGUAGAAGAGGAAAAUCUGGACCGUUGUACGGGAAGCGAAGGAUGAUGGGAAACUGGUCUCUGUCCUACGGCUGCGGUCUCGCCGGAAUCAUGUCAAGGAAGCGGGCGGACCAGAACUCCAUGCUUCAGGGUCCAUUCAUUCUCUCUCUCUUUCUCUCUCUCAAUCUCUCUCUCUCUCUCUCUCGGGGUGCAACCCACCUGGAAUAAUUGUGUGUAUCGGAGCAGCCGAGAACAGAUCCAUUAAAAAGGUUUUCCUUGCCAAA